AUGGUGGAUCUUAACAGAGUUUUUCCCCAAGCUGCCAAUUCUCCCAUUAUCGCUCAAUCUACCAAAGAUCCCCUCAAAAUUAUCGCCUACUCUACCAAUCCAGAGCCCCCACCGGAUUGGAUGCUCCCAGGGUACAAUCCCCAACAAUCCAAACCCACGGAAUUGAGGACAACAUCGCAGGAAGACCUGCUCAAGGCGCAUUGCACCGUCAAAGCUUCUGCUGCAGGAAUAUUUGAUAUGCGCCUUGGUUGGUACCUGACGGCAGAAGACGACAACGUUUCAGGCACAUACAAUGCAAGCCUUGGUUGGUACCUCACUAAAAAAGAGUCCAAACCCAGAACGCGUGCAACUCACUCAAAGGAGAUCCAAUCCCGACGCAAGUCAGCCGGCGAUUCCUCCUCUGGAGCUGCAAACACCAAAUCCAAAGUUGCAGCAGAUCCAGCCAUGAGCACACCACUUAAGUAUCUCGUUUUAUCCACGUUAUUUACCUUUGAACAGCAUCUGAUGAUUGCGGUCUUUCGUCCACCGGCUUGGUUCCAGGAAGUCCGCUUAUCCCGCAAGGUCCAGAUUGUCCCUCUUGAGAAGAAAGCCACCCCAGCAAAACCUCGUAAAACUGCCCUCUUGAAAAACGUACCUCCAAGUCACCCUGUUGACACCAAGCGCGUGGUAUCAGGGUUUCCGGGUGGGGAAGCUAAGUUCUUGGAGGAUCCACUGAACGUGAUUGAAUUGCUCUUGCCAUCUAACCCCUCAAAGGUCACUCCAUCUGAGAUCCCCCCUCCAGUGUACACCUCCACAUCUGAUCCUGUUGCGCUGAAGCCACCACUCGUGGAAACCGCUGCCACAUCAACUUCAAAGGUGACCAAAGAGCUGUUGUCAAUAGAUCCAACUCAUGGUUGGUAUGAGGCACCGAAUCCCUUUAAGGGAACCCACUUUGAGGACAACUUCAUUGAUCACGCGCCAGCACUUGCGGAGAAAUACCAACCACUCCUGCCAACUUCAAAUGCUGAUAAGCCACUCAUCAAUCUGACCACCAACUCGUCCUCAGAACCUCUUGACAAACCCUUUGAUGCGCCCAAAGGCAAGGAUCCUGGCAAUCCUAUUCCAGUCAGUCAAACUCUGACAUCAACACAACGAAGUCUUGCAACCAUCAAGUGGCCUUUGCUAGGCACUUGUACAGCUCCUAAAGAUGUUAAUGCCAGCGAGGCUAGUUUGUCUUCCGUCUUGGCCGAUGCGUUGGAUUUAGCCUCAACUGGUAAUGAUGGCUAUCUGGGUCCUGUCUUGACCCCUGAUGACAAUCCCUGGUGCAAAGACUUGUCUGCGCCUGAUCUACAUUUUACACUUUUCCCUGCAACUCAUGAAGACUUGCCAGCACCAUUGUCAAUCUCUAAACUCCUGACAGCGCGCAAGCCUUUCUUGACUUCUAAGAUCGGUUCAGCUGACACCGGUGAAUCCCCCUUGGCUCCACCCUUGUCAAUCUCCGCCGAUCAGCUCAAAGCCCCAACGGCACCCAAGCCUUUUCCACCAACCACCCCAGUCAACAAGGUAGGAUUGCCAGCCGCAGACAAAACUGCCUUGGCCAACAAGGCUGAAGCUCAAUCAGUCCUUGAACCUAGUGGCCCUCUCAACCUCAACCCAGCUGACGGCGGCAAAUCUCCCUUGGUUCCACCAUUGUUGAUCUCCACCAAUCAACUCGAAGCUCCGACAGCACCCAAGCCUUUUCCACCAUCCAUCCCUGCCAAUGAGGUUGGAUUGCCAGUCACAGCCAAACCUGCCUCCACCGACCAGACUGAAAUUAACCCAGCUGACACCGGUGAAUCCCCCUCGCCAAUCUCCGCCAAUCAGCCCAAAGCCCCAACCGCACCCAUUGUAUUGCCAGUCACAGCCCAACCAGCCUUGGCCGACAAGGCCAAAGCUCAAUUGGUAGCUGACGCCGGUGAAUCUCCACCCUUGUUGAUCUCUGCCAAUCAACUUGAAGCCCCAACUGCAGCACCCAAGCCUUUUCCAUCAUCCACCCCAGCCAACAAGGUAGGAUUGCCAGCCGCAGACAAACCUGCCUCGGCCGACAAGGCUGAAGCUCAAUCAGUCUUUGAACCUAGUGGCCCUCCCAACCUCAACCCAGCUGACACCGGCAAAUCUCCCUUGGUUCCACCCUUGUCAAUUGCCGCCAAAGCUCAAGAAGUUGAGCUUGAUCAUUCUAGCCCCACCAUCCAUGACCUCAAAGCCAGGGUAUAUUCCUCUUCCUGA